ACACUUCACAUGUGGAUGGCCCGCCUGCCACUAUACAAGUGGAAAUUAGCAGUUUUUGUGCAUUCAUUGGAAAUUCUUUUACCUGUCAUACACAGGUGCUCGCGUUCAUAAGGCACUCGAUAUAUAGUAUACACACAUAUCUUACAACUGGCGGAUUUAUACUGUGUAAUUACAGCGGUGGAUUAUACGUACACACAUGUAAUAAUGGAGGUUAUACUUGAAUGAAAUACAGUAAUUAGCAUCUUACUACCGUGAGAAACACAAUAAUUAGAACCUCACUGCAGUGAAAAUUACACCACGAUUGGGAUUUAUUUCAACAGGCAUCUUUAUCAAUUCUAGAGUGUAAUAAACAUCGAAAAUGUGUCGGGAGAAUGAGCACUUUCUCUCUUACACGUUGUCUUUACCAUCAAGAUGACGACUCGGCAUGAAAGAUUUUGAAAUGCAUCUUAAAGUUUGAAAUGCUAUGGUGAAAUAAUUUGACCAAGAACCACACUGAGUUGAACUACAUAAGGAAUUUAGUGGUACGUCGUAAAACAAACGGCAUAUUUGAGCGAACUUGUGUUGGAUUUAUGAGCUGAAAAGUCAUGUUUCCUACAGUAAAUUUGACAGUUUGGUUAGCAGUACUAACAUGUGUUGUGCUGUCGAGAGAGGCCUCGGAAGGACCCCAGAACGUCUUGUUGAACGAAGCCGUCAAGACAUUACUGGGGUUCAAAGAUGAACUCCCUAGGAACAAGCUUUCCUUCCCUUACGGGGUAGGUCAGGAGGCCCCUAAGUACAUGCUGGACCUUUAUGACAGGUUUCGAAAUUCUCAAAUAUCAAAGGGUCAUCUCUCAGGAAAUACUGUCCGGAGUAUCCACGCAGAAAUAGCUGAGGUGAAUGGCGAGGAGAUGUUUGUAUUCAACCUUACCUCCAUCAUACCCUCUGAAAGGUUACUCAGUGCAGAAAUUCACCUCUACAAGAGGAAGAUGAAGAAAGCAAGGCGACGGCGUCGAGACUUGGAAUUACUAAUGUACGAAAUCGCACCACACUACAUGACUGAAAAUGGAAAAAUUACUAUGAGGGCAGAAAGUUUUGGAUGGCAGUGGUAUGAUGUCACGGACGCUGCUCUUAGUUGCCUGGCAGCGCGGAGAGAUACGCCACAUUUGUUUGCAUUGAAGUUUCAAGUUGAAAAACACAACGGUAAAGUCAGAGAUGUGGCCCUAAAAAAAUUCAUUCGACAUCAUUCCAUGCCAUUUCUUAUAAUUUAUUCAAAUGAUACUCAAAAUAACGAAUUGGAACCAUUGGAAAAUUUAGCGGAAAAAAUGCAUCAAGAGAAGAAAGAGGAUAGUGACUUUGUAAGUAGUAAUACUGACAGCUUUGUUGAAUAUUCUCUCAGUUUUGCAAACGGCAAAUUCAAUAGUGAAAUUGAUUCUAAUGAUCAUUCACAAGAUCAAACAUCCAAAAGUGUACAGAGACGUCAAAAACGCUCAAUUUAUGAUAAUGAAAUUCCAGAAACCCCAAAAGAAUAUGAAAACUUUCACAGGAAGUUCAAUAUUCCUCAAACACAUCCGGACAUUUUACAGUCAAGACGAGAAAGUCGACAUAAAAUUUCAGACUCUCGUUUGAUUCCAUAUCCUGAUGAAGAUAGGCGGAAAAAUAGAAAGAAUAGUCGCAAAAACAGGAAAAAUAGAAGGAAAAAUAGGAGAAGAAAGAAUAAGAACGCAAAUCUUCUAUUUCCAAAAGAGUGGGAUAGAUUUCGGGGGACCGGAACAGAGGAGAACAAAAAUAGUAACAUAUGCAGCAAGAGGCAGCUUAUUCUUGACUUCGCAGAUAUCGGCUGGGAGGACAAAAUCAUCGCACCAAAGUCAUUCGAAGCUCACUAUUGUGCGGGGUCAUGUCCAUUCCCACUAACAAAGAAGCUGAGACCAUCCAAUCACGCGACCAUUCAGAGUAUGGUUCACGCAAUAGGUAUACACACAGAUGUGCCCGCACCGUGUUGUGUUCCCGAGUCUCUCUCCUCCAUCACACUCCUCUUCUUCGACAGCAACAGGAACGUCGUGCUCAAAAACUACCCCAGUAUGUCAGUCAAGGCGUGUGGGUGCAGAUAAGCAGGGACGCAGUUCGAAUCCAUCAACGUCAUCGACGUAACGAGAGCAGCUACGAGAGAUCGUGCAAAAAUUCGAAACAUAGUGCGAAUGCAUGGAAUUUGGUGAUGAAUCGGUCUAUUAUAAUAGAAUCGCAGUAGGACCGACGGUUAACAGAGCAAACAGAGGUCACCGAGGAUGCCGUUGAAAAUGGCUUGUUAAGGAACACAAUUUGCAAUUGUGAAUAAUUUACAACCAACCAUUUUUACUUUGAAAGGAAUGACAUGUCUUUAUAACCUAAUGUUCUGUGCAGAACUUCAGGCAGUGACAUCGAAAGUCCAAUGAGUUUAUACCUUGUGUACUGUUAUACGAAGAGAUCACAAUAAUUACAAUUUCGUUUCAUAGGUUGCGUUGUCUAAUUCUGACUUGGAUCAGUAAUCAUCGGGAAUGGCGAUGUGCAGUGUAUUCUGCUGACACGCAAUUCUAUUGAAAAUGCACACCAGAAACAACAGUUGCGGAUAUUUAUGUCGUGUUGGUACUAACCGACAUAAGAUAACGUCAGUGUUUGCCGUGAACUUUGGCUGUGAAAAUAGCGCAGGGCGCUUUGUAGUACAAUUAGCUAUAGACAAUUUAUUAAUGAUUGACUUUUAUAAUUGUCGUCAGUUAUGAACUUGUGACAUUUUAACUGUCCCUUGAAAAGACAAUGGCGAAUAUCUGAGCCUUGACCCGGACUCAUACCCUUCACAUUUCCUUUAACAACUUCAGAAAACUGUGUCAUCUACCUCAUUAAAGCGUCACUGUGUUGUGUUAGUGAUGACGUCAUUGAUACGUUUACGUUUGUGUUGCCAUGUCAACUGUACGAGGACAAAUACUUUUAAUUAAAACUAAUAACAAAGACUUGAUUGUAAAUACAAGGAAAAUGGUCAGUGUAAAUCUUAGAUUCAUAAUUGCAUAACUCAUGGUCAUUCAUUGCAUAUCAAGAAUGACAUCAAAUAUUACUUCCAAAUUAUAUUUAUAUAUUUUUUCCAGAAAGCCAAAUCGCUUCAAUAUUUGUAUACAUGUAGAUAUUAAUUAGUAAACGACAUCGUGAGCCUUUAUCAUUAUGUAUAGUUCAUAAUACAUCAUCAAUAGACAAUGAAUGUGAAGUCUAUGAUAAUACCAAUCAUCAACGUAUGACAUAAUUAGGCAUUGUUGUUACCUGCGAUAUAUUUGUUAGUAUCGUAAGUGAAGAAAUAGUUUAUAUAUAUAUAUGUAUAUUUAUAUAUACAAACAUCUACAUGUCUCAUAAGGGUAUUUAAGCUGUUCAAACUUCAACCGGACGAUUAAACAGUACUUAUGUACCUUUGAGUCUCGCUACAUGAACCCUUCAUGUCGCAAUACCCUUUCUCUCUUCAUAGAAUAUAAUACAUGUAAGCCGAACGAUUUCACGUCAUUGUCGGUCAACAUAUUAUACAUACAACUAAUUGAUUUCAUAUAUCUAGUACUUGUUAUUUAACUUCGGAAAAUCUGCAUUUAACGAGUAUUUUAUAAGUCAGUUCUGUGUGUGCGUGAAAGGGUGUGCUGGAAUGUGCGUGCACGCGCGUGCUUGUGUUGUUUAUUCGUUGUUUUAGCUCCGGUCGACAGUGCUAUUAUUUAACGUGUUGGAGAUAAUGAGCCCAUUGUAGUACAACUUCCAAUCCUUGUCAUGAGUCCGUUUUAUAAACCAUUGUCCUGUAUCAUUUGUACUAAUUGUUGUCGUGAGCCCUUUGUACAAAUCAUUGUCCUGAGCACUUUGUACAAAUCAUUGUCCUGAGCCCUUUGUACAACUCCAUUUGACUUUAUUUAUUGUACAUAGACAUAGUCAGUAUAAUGUAGAGAACAUCAGUUUAUCAUCAUUGUCAUUUUUAAACUUCCAUCAUCUCAUAUGUCAUUUGAAAUUCGUUGUCAUUUAAAUAUCGGAAUAAUUUUGUAAAAUAAAUUACAAAAAACUCUUA